AUGCCCAACUCUUCCUUUGACCUAAUGCUGCUUAUGUGGUACUCGCUUCCCCCGGGGCGGCGCUGGACGUGUUGCGCGACCCCCCUCAGGCGGGCGCGGGCGGCGCCAGAGGACGCGCUCGUCUCGACACCAGCAGUGCCCCUGCGCUGUUUGGCACCACGACUGCUUGCUGCUCCUGCUGCGCUUCCCCAGUACAACAGGGUUUGGAUUCCUGAUAGUGAAGAAGUUUGGCAGUCGGCAGAAAUCACAAAGGACUACAGAACCGGAGAGCGUGUGCUUCACCUACGAUUAGAAGAUGGAACUGAAUUGGCUUACUCUGUUGAUCCGACAGCCUUGCCGCCUCUGCGAAAUCCUGACAUACUUGUUGGUGAAAAUGACCUCACUGCGCUUAGCUAUCUCCAUGACCCUGCUGUUUUACACAACCUUAAAGUUCGUUUUGUGGAGUCUAAGCUUAUCUACACGUACAGUGGAAUCAUUCUGGUUGCAAUGAACCCCUACAAACAAUUACCAAUUUAUGGAGAUGCUAUUAUCCAUGCAUAUAGUGGGCAAAACAUGGGGGACAUGGAUCCACAUAUAUUUGCUGUGGCAGAAGAGGCUUACAAGCAAAUGGCAAGAAAUAACAAAAAUCAGUCCAUUAUAGUCAGUGGAGAAUCAGGAGCUGGAAAGACUGUGUCUGCUCGGUAUGCUAUGAGAUAUUUUGCCAUGGUCAGUAAGUCAAGCAGCAAUGCACAUGUUGAGGAUAAAGUAUUGGCUUCCAACCCAAUAACAGAGGCUGUGGGUAAUGCAAAAACAACACGCAAUGACAACAGUAGUCGGUUUGGGAAGUACACCGAAAUCAGCUUUGAUCGGAGGCAUCAGAUCAUUGGAGCAAAUAUGAGGACAUACCUACUUGAGAAAUCCAGGGUUGUUUUUCAAUCAGAGAACGAAAGAAACUACCACAUAUUCUAUCAGUUGUGUGCAUCUGCUCUGCAACCAGAAUUUAAGCCUCUUAAAUUGGGGAGUGCAGAAGAAUUUAAUUAUACACGAAUGGGUGGCAAUACUGUUAUUGAGGGAAUCGAUGACAGAGCGGACAUGGUGGAAACUCGGAAAACGUUCACUCUACUAGGUCUGAAGGAAGAUUUUCAGAUGGAUGUUUUUAAGUUACUGGCAGCAAUCCUGCACUUAGGCAAUGUGCAAAUAAUGGCUGUUGGUGAUGACAGAUCAUCAGUCAGUCUGGAGGAUAAACAUCUUGAUAUAUUCUGUGAACUUCUGGAUUUGGAUAGUGAACCAAUGGCACAGUGGUUGUGCCAGCGAAAGAUUAUCACUUCCUCAGAGACUGUAAUAAAGCCAAUGACAAAACUACAAGCUCUUAAUGCUAGGGAUGCAUUGGCAAAGAAAAUCUAUUCUCACUUGUUUGACUACAUUGUGGAAAGAAUUAACCAAGCCUUGCAGUUUACUGGGAAGCAGCACACUUUUAUUGGCGUCCUAGACAUUUAUGGCUUUGAAACUUUUGAUGUGAACAGUUUUGAACAAUUUUGUAUCAAUUAUGCUAAUGAAAAACUACAACAACAAUUUAACCUGCAUGUCUUUAAACUUGAACAAGAGGAGUAUAUGAAGGAAGAUAUCCCAUGGACCCUAAUAGAUUUUUAUGACAACCAACCAGCUAUUGACCUUAUUGAAGCUAAAAUGGGAAUAUUGGAGCUGCUAGAUGAAGAGUGCUUGUUACCUCAGGGAACAGAUGAAAAUUGGCUUCAAAAGCUGUAUAAUAAUUUUAUCAACAAGAACCCACUCUUUCAAAAGCCAAGAAUGUCAAACACAUCUUUUAUCAUCCAGCACUUUGCUGAUAAGGUAGAAUAUAAAUGUGAAGGAUUUUUGGAAAAAAACAGAGAUACAGUCUAUGAAGUUUUAAUUGAAAUUUUGAAAAGCAGCAAGUUUCAUCUCUGUGCAAACUUUUUUAAAGACAAUCCAGCACCCAUUUCACGCUUCGGUUCAGCUAUCAAAGUCAAACCUGCAAGACCAGUGGUCAAGGCCCCUAACAAACAGUUCCGGACAACAGUUGGCAAUAAGUUCCGCAGUUCUUUGUAUUUGCUUAUGGAGACACUUAAUGCAACCACACCUCACUAUGUCCGAUGCAUAAAGCCAAAUGAUGAGAAGAUGCCAUUUGAGUUUGACUCCAAGCGGGUGGCUCAGCAGCUUCGAGCAUGUGGUGUUCUGGAAACUAUUCGAAUUAGUGCACAGAGCUAUCCUUCCAGGUGGACAUACAUAGAGUUUUUCAGCCGUUAUAGCAUUCUCAUGAUGCAGCAUGAACUCUCACUAAGUGACAAGAAAAAGAUUUGCAGAACUGUUUUGCAGCGGCUAAUCCAGGAUCCUAACCAGUAUCAGUUUGGGCGAACAAAAAUUUUCUUUAGAGCAGGGCAGGUUGCUUAUUUAGAAAAACUACGGUCAGACAAACUGAGGCAAGCCUGCAUCGUGAUCCAAAAGAACGUCCGAGGCUGGCUGCAGCGGAAGAAAUUCCUCCAUGUCAGACGAGCAACUAUUAUAAUACAGCAGUACUUCCGUGGACAGCGGACUGUACGGCAAGCCAUAACUGCUACAGCCCUAAAGCAAACAUGGGCAGCUAUAGUCAUUCAGAAGUACUGUCGAGGAUACCUUGUCCGUAAACUUUGUCAGCUCAUCCAUGUGGCUGCUGUAACAAUUCAAGCGUAUACACGAGGAUUUUUAGCAAGGAAAAAAUACCGAAAGAUGCUCAAAGAACACAAGGCAAUUAUCCUUCAGAAGUAUGCCCGUGCCUGGCUUGCGAGGCGUAGAUUUCAGAACAUUCGGCGGUUUGUUUUGAAUAUUCAGCUUUCAUACAGGGUUCAGCGAUUACAGAAGAAACUAGAGGACCAGAGCAAAGAAAAUCAUGGCUUACUGGAGAGAUUGACCAGCCUAGCUUCAACUCAUGCACAUGACCUAGAUACAAUCCAGAAACUUGAAUUAGAACUUGAAAAAUUAACCACACAGAAAAGAAUCUCUGAGGAUAAAGGGAAGAAAUACAAGGAUGACAAGGAACAGAAAAUCUCAAAACUUGAGAAACAAGCUAAAGAAUUGCAGGCAGAGAAAGAAGUUUUACAAGAGAAGCUCCAAGAGAAAACGGAGGAAAUGAAAGAUAAAAUGGAUGACCUUACCAGACAACUGUUUGCUGAUGUACAAAAAGAAGAAAAACAAAGAAUAAUACUAGAGAAAAACUUCCAAAAUCAGAAGCAAGACUAUGAAAAAGAAAUCGAAUCACUGAAGGAGGAAAUUAAGACUCUCAGAGAAGAGAAAAUUCAACUACAGCAUCAAAUUCAGCAAGAACUUAUUAUUCAGGAUGGCUUAAAAAUGGAAGCAGGACAGCUUACAAAACAGUUGCAGAUAAUACCUGAAUUGCAAAAAGAAAUUGAACUGCUUCAGGCACAGAAAAUUGAUGUGGAAAAGCAGGCCCAAUCCCAGAAGCGAGAGAUGAGAGAGAAAAUGUCAGAAGUUGCAAAACAACUCCUUGACAGCUAUGACUUAGAAGAUGUAAGAAGCAGGCUCUCUACAGAAGAUUUGGAACAUUUAAAUGAAGAUGGAGAAAUCUGGUUUGCUUACGAGGGCCUGAAAAAAGCAACAAGAGUAUUGGAAAGUCAUUUCCAGUCUCAGAAAGACAUUUAUGAAAAAGAGAUUGAAGCUUUGAACUUUAAAGUUGAACAUCUCAGUCAAGAAAUUAACCAUUUACAAAAGUUAUUUAGGGAGGAAAAUGACAUAAAUGACAGUAUUCAGCUCGAAGUCAGCAGGCUAACAUCAGAAAACAUGGUGAUCCCAGACCUUAAACAGCAGAUUUCUGAACUGCAAAACCAAAAGAUGGAUCUUGAAAACCGCUUUCAAGAACAGACUGCAAAGAUGAAAGGAAAAAUGGAAGGAAUAUCUGAACAGUUGCAUCAUAAUCUAUCAAAGGAAGGAACCCCAAGGAGAAAACUGGAAGCUGAGAAUGAAAUAUACACAAAAGAAAAAGAAAAGCUGAUUGCCACAAGCCAAGAAAUUCAGGAGACAAACAAUCACUUAAAGAAACAACCUGAAAAUGAAAUAGAGAGGCAGGAGGCAUCUCGCCUUGCUGUGGAAAACAUGGAGCUUGAAGAAAAGCUAGACAUGAAAGACAGGAUGAUAAAGAAACUGGAGGAUCAGAUCAAGACUCUUACCAAAACUAUUGAAAAGGCCAAUGAACUGCAUGUGCCAGCAGCACCUAAAGAAUACAUUGGAAUGAUGGAAUACAAAAAGGAAGAUGAAGGAAGAAUUGUUCAAAAUCUAAUUCUUGAAAUCUCAGAAGUACUCCAGGACCCUGAAUUUCUUUUGAUUCCAGGUCUACUUUAUCUAAAGCCACGUGGUGUGGUAGUAAAUAUGAUACCAGGUCUUCCAGCUCACAUCCUAUUUAUGUGUGUGAGAUAUGCAGACUAUCUCAAUGAUGCUGAUAUGCUGAAAUCUUUCAUGAACAUAACCAUUAAUGGGAUCAAGCAAGUUAUUAAGGAACAUAUUGAAGAUUUUGAAAUGAUGUCUUUUUGGCUCUCCAAUACAUACUAUUUCCUUAACAGUCUGAAACAGUAUAGUGGGGAAGAGGAGUUCAUGAAGCACAACACUCCCCGUCAGAAUAAGAACUGUUUGAAGCAUUUUGAUCUUUCAGAGUACAGACAGAUACUUAGUGACUUGGCCAUUCAUAUCUAUCACCAAUUCAUCAUUGUAAUGGAGAACAACAUUCAGCCAAUGAUAGUGCCAGGCAUGCUUGAAUAUGAAAGUCUUCAGGGAAUUUCUGGCUUAAAACCAACAGGAUUCCGUAAACGUUCUUCUAGUAUAGAUGACACAGAUGCCUACACAAUGACUUCUAUCCUGCAACAACUCAGCUAUUUUUAUAGCACGAUGUGCCAGAAUGGCUUGGACUCUGAGCUUCUAAAGCAGGCAGUGAAACAGCUUUUCUUUCUCAUUGGAGCUGUCACCCUCAAUAGUCUCUUCCUCCGCAAGGACAUGUGCUCUUGUAGGAAAGGAAUGCAGAUAAGAUGCAAUAUCAGCUACUUAGAAGAAUGGCUUAAAGAAAAGAAUUUGCAGAACAGCACUGCCAAGGACACCCUGGAGCCUCUCUCUCAGGCAGCCUGGCUCCUUCAGGUCAACAAGAUCACAGAUGAUGAUGCCAAGGAAAUAUGUGAAUGCUGUACAUCCCUGUCCACUGUGCAGAUAGUAAAGAUCCUCAAUUCAUACACUCCUAUAGAUGACUUUGAGAAAAGAGUGGCCCCAGCAUUUGUUCGUAAAGUACAGGCCAUGCUAAAUAAUCGAGAAGAUAUGCCACAGCUGAUGCUAGACACCAAGUAUCUCUUUCAAGUGACGUUUCCCUUUACCCCCUCUCCAUAUGCACUGGAAACUAUACAAAUCCCCAGUAGUUUCAAACUUGGCAUUCUAACAAGAGUGUAAUAAAAAAAAAAAAAAGAAGGAUUUGCCAAUUGUCCAUCAAAGACUAAAUGAAGAGCAAACUUUUGUUACUCAGUCCUGCGACUGGAGCUUAAAGACAGAGUACUCUUUUUAAACAGCUGUGAAAUCAGGACACCAAUUGUAAGAGUAACUUGUGUUCCAGCCUAUAACUUCUGUUGUCCUUUACCCAAUAUUGUUCCUUUUGUGUUGCAUUUCUGCGAAGGAUGAGAGCUGGAUACUUAAGUGGCCUUAUGGUUUUGGAGCCAGAAUGUCACUGAGACAGUAACAGAAAUCUAUAUUGGUGCUUCAGGAUCAAUGACAGACUGCCACUCAGGUAGAAAAUGGGGCAACAGCUGUUAUGGUAUAACUUUUAUGGUGCCAUCUCCUCUCACAAGUGAGCUCUGUUUCAUAGGAGUUCUUCUCAUUGCUUUCAUCUGAUGGAUUUAUUUUACAGCAGUCUUCACCCAGCCUCAUUUCCUGUGGCAUCAUCCCUUCCAUUAAAGUAGUCUUCUUUAAUAACAGCAAGUAAAUAAUGUUUUGUGCCCUCAAGAGAAUGUAGCAAUAGUAAAUGGAAGGUUUUCCUACAACAAUUUAAACAAAAAUCAAUACAAAUUGCUCCUCUGAACUUGGGAAAAGUUCUGGUAUAAAUGUAAGGAAGCUCUUCAGCAAACUAAGGUUCUCCUUUUCACUGACAGGCUGCUUUGUUUCUCAGAUGUCUGUAUUAUGGUUUUAUAGACAGGCACAUACCAGAGAGCUGUUCCAAGGAGAGGUGGGACUAGGGCACUUAGUUUUCCAGAAGGUUUCAAUUCCACAUAAUAAAAUUCCAGGGAGUUCAGCUCUGGGGUUCUGUUUUGGCCCAUUCUGGAUUCUCACAAGGGAAUGAUGUUGUUUUAGGUCUGACUUAAGGCCUGUUGUAUCUGAAGCAACGGUAAUCUGAAAGUGUGUUAGGAAACAUAACUGAAAUAGAGUUUUUAAUAAGAACUUACCAGCACUAUAUAUCAUGGAAAUUCUGAGUUUCUACAGACCAUCCUGCUUGUUUCCCCUUUAACAUUCUGAUGUGCAGCCAGUCAGGAGAACCCUAGCAUAUCUCACUUAGACAUUUCGGCCCUUUGGGAGGUGCUCAUUUGCCACAGUGGUGGGUGUCGGAAAAGAACCAAGAGAAACAGGAAAGGGUCCCCUUCUGCAACCACUCUGUAUGAGCUCUGUUUGUCACAAGGCUGAGUCAGUGGGCAGUAGGCAAUGUUUGCAGGACUGUGCUCUAAACAUGUAUAAGUUUCUGGUAUGACCAUCCUUGGUGACUACUUUUUUAAAUUUUUUUAAGAGGGUGAUAUACUUGGGGAAGGCCCUGCUUUGAGCAGGGGUUUGGACUAGAUGACCUCCUGAGGUCCCAUUCUGUAGUCCAGCUCCCUCUGUAUGUGCAGACUACUUGGUGAGUAAAUCCAGCUCCUGUGGUGAAUCCUGUUACCAGAUGCAGCCUGGUUUCUCUGUAUGUGUUCUUAUUUUUUUUCAUUUGAUGUAUACACUCUUUGGAAGCAGGAACAAUGCCACCUCUUUGGUCUGUACAGCAGGACACCCACACACAGCAUACAGCAGAUAACUUUUUAUUGAUUUGCUAUGGUGCCCUGUGAGAAUAAUUGAAGUAACAACACCCUAGAAAAAAACCCAGGUUGAUCCUGAUGAUGAUUUACUAAUCAGGUGUUAGAACUUAAGUAUUCAAAUGUAAUAUUAGUAAGGUACAGAAUUCCUGUGUGCAAGGACAGAUUUCAGUUGCUGCAAUAUAUUUAAGAGGUUUUAACUUAAUUCAGUUAAUUUAAACAUUGGUCAUAUGAAGGAAUGACAAAGCAAUGUUUGCAAUAUAUUGCUAUAGUAUUUCUUUAAUUUCACAUAACACCAUUUGUGAAUUUAAAGAUAAAACCACCUUUGGUAUUUACUAGCAUGCAGAGUGAUAUAUGAAAAGUACAUAGAGCAAGAAUUUUUAUUGCUUCUAAAAUAAAUAUAUAUAGUACUCAAGAGUGUCACAGGCAUAUAAGUAAGCUUAUGCUUUCCACAGGUUAAAUAGCUUUAUUGUAACAUCUAAAUAAUACCAGAGUUAUUUUACUUUUUCAAUACUCAAACUUUUGAAAAAAACUCAUUUAAAUUCUGUAAGGCUUGGUGAAUACUUUUGGUUAGGGGUUAAACUAUUGUAUCUCCUUCUACAUACUACCCCAGUCACGGGGACUGCCAAGUAGCGUGUCUGAAUAUCUGAAAUGUGUGCUGUCUUCGGCUGCUCCUGCAUUUCCAUAAUAAA